GAGUGGCUACAUAACAAGUCAUCUGGAAACUUGAGUAUAAAUAAUGGUGGUGGCGCAGAUAACAGUGACAUGGACAGGACACAUUAUUUCGUUCCAGAGGAGGAGGACGUCGAUGAUCAGUUUUUGACGAAAGAGGAGUUGACCAACCCAGUUGAGUUGGCCAAGGCUGUUAAGACAAGACUGCCACUAUACGUACCAAUCAUCAAGUGGAUCAGAUCAUAUUCAAAGGACGAUCUGGUCGGUGACCUUAUCUCAUCCGUAACCGUUGCCACAAUGCUUGUACCCCAAGCCCUAGCCUAUUCCGUACUUGCAGGUCUUGAUCCAAUCUAUGGUCUAUACUCUGGUUGGUUGCCACUCGUUGUCUAUGCCUUUAUGGGAGGUUGCAAACAACUUGCAGUUGGCCCAGAGGCAUUGUUAUCGGUAUUGCUUGGAACUAUAUUGUUGGACGAGGAUGUUGAACAUAGAGCAGAGAUUGCGCACUCUUUGGCACUGCUGGUGGGCAUUGUCAGCUUCCUGUUUGGAAUAUUCCGUUUUGGAUUCAUGGGAUCGAUCAUCUCGCGUUGGGUCCUCUCAGGCUUUAUCAACGCCGUGGCACUAAUCAUUGCCAUCUCACAAUUGGAGCCACUGCUCGGCAUCAAGUUCACUGAACUGCAUCCGGGUGCAGGACCCUACGAGCGCUUCUGGUACGCCAUCACACAUCUCGACAAGGCCGACCACCACACCAUCUUCCUCUCGAUUGGCUGCAUCCUAUUCUUGUUUGGCAUGCGCUUUGUCAAGGCCAUACUCAUGAAGAAGGGCUUCAAGAAUGCCAAGUACAUCCCAGACAUCAUGCUCAUCGUUAUCAUCUCCAUACUAAUCGUGUGGUUGGGCAACCUCGAAGCCGCCAAUGGAAAGGGUAUCAAGGUAUUGGGCUUCAUUGACGGUGGGUUCCCCGUGCCAUCCUUCCCAAGCUUCAGCAUCGAGCACUUUAGAACAAUGCUGCCAGAGGCCAUCCUCAUUGUGAUCAUUGGAUUCGUCGAGGCAACUGCCGUCUCCAAGGGCCUAGCCACCAAGCACAACUACUCAAUCAGCUCGAACCGUGAGCUGGUCGCCUUUGGCACGGCCAACAUCCUGGGCUCCAUCUUCAAGGCCUACCCAGUGUACGCUUCAAUCCCACGUACCAGCAUCCAGGACUCAUCCGGCUCGAGGACCUGUCUGUCGGGCUUCCUGACCUCGUGUUUGUUGCUCAUCACCUCAAUGUUCCUCACGCGUCUGUUCAAGUACCUGCCCUACGCCACGAUGGCAUCAAUCAUCUUUGUCGCAGCAUUCGGUCUGCUCGAGAUCCACGAGGUCAUAUUCUUGUGGAAGACUCGCUCGUGGUAUGACUUUGCGCAGUUCAUGGUUGCCCUGUUGGCAACGUUCGUGCUCGAGGUGGAGAUGGGCGUGCUCAUCUCGCUGGGCAUGUGCAUCUUCUUGGUGCUGCGCCACUCAUCAUCGCCGCACGUCUAUAGUGUGCUGGGAAGGGUUCCCGGCACCAACCGAUUCAAGGACGUGAGCAAGUUCCCCGAGGCCGAGCCCAUCGAGGGCAUCCUCCUGAUCCGUAUCGACGAGGUGCUCUACUUUGCCAACAUCUCGCAGUUCAAGCAACUGUUGGCCGAGAUCGAGAAGAUGAUGGACAAGUCGGCGAUCGAGGCUGGCAAUGGCGGCACGCCACUCCAGUCGAUCGUGAUCAACAUUGUCAACAUACCCCAAGUCGAUGCCAGUGCCUUGCUGACCAUCCAGGAGAUGGUGGAGGCCUACCACAAGCGUAACAUCAAGGUGGCCUUUGUCCAGAUGUCCGAGAAGAUCAAGGACUCAUUCAAGAAGUCCGGUCUAUUCGAUCUGAUCACAGCUCAGAUGAUCUUUGAGUCCAACUACGAGGCCGUAACCUAUCUCGAACAUAACGCACCACAAGAGGGCGAUGCUGUUGGAAUGCAUGAUCUGAGUCUAGACAUCCCAUCAACUCGCGAGGCAUUUGACAAUGACGACGAGGACCUCAGCUACACUCCGCGCUCAGGUCAUGGUGCCAUCCUCAACAACGACAUCAAACUGGAAGAUUAUUCAGACAUCGAAGAUUCAGAGGAGUUCAUUCAUCACAAG